AAGAAUUCUUAAACAAGAGUUAAAAAUAUGAUUAACUUAUUGGUACCACACAUAAAAUCCAUAGCAAUAUCACCACACGUAUCAUACUCUCUGUAUCCUACUGUGGAAUACUCUACUCUCAUAUACAGUCAAUAUCACCACACGUAUCAUACUCUCUGUAUCCUACAGCCUACUGUGGAACACUCUACUCUCAUAUACAGUCAAUAUCACCACACGUAUCAUACUCUCUGUAUCCUACUGUGGAAUACUCUACUCACAUAUACAGUCAAUAUCACCACACGUAUCAUACUCUCUGUAUCCUACUGUGGAAUACUCUACUCACAUAUACAGUCAAUAUCACCACACGUAUCAUACUCUCUGUAUCCUACAGCCUACUGUGGAAUACUCUACUCACAUAUACAGUCAAUAUCACCACACGUAUCAUACUCUCUGUAUCCUACAGCCUACUGUGGAAUACUCUACUCACAUAUACAGUCAAUAUCACCACUCGUAUCAUACUCUCUGUAUCCAACUGUGGAAUACUCUACUCUCAUAUACAGUCAAUAUCACCACACGUAUCAUACUCUCUGUAUCCUACUGUGGAAUACUCUACUCACAUAUACAGUCAAUAUCACCACACGUAUCAUACUCUCUGUAUCCUACUGUGGAAUACUCUACUCACAUAUACAGUCAAUAUCACCACACGUAUCAUACUCUCUGUAUCCUACUGUGGAAUACUCUACUCACAUAUACAGUCAAUAUCACCACACGUAUCAUACUCUCUGUAUCCUACAGCCUACUGUGGAAUACUCUACUCACAUAUACAGUCAAUAUCACCACACGUAUCAUACUCUCUGUAUCCAACUGUGGAAUACUUUACUCUCAUAUACAGUCAAUAUCACCACACGUAUCAUACUCUCUGUAUCCUACUGUGGAAUACUCUACUCUCAUAUACAGUCAAUAUCACCACACGUAUCAUACUCUCUGUAUCCUACUGUGGAAUACUCUACUCUCAUAUAAAGUCAAUAUCACCACACGUAUCAUACUCUACUCACAUAUACAGUCAAUAUCACCACACGUAUCAUACUCUCUGUAUCCUACUGUGGAAUACUCUACUCACAUAUACAGUCAAUAUCACCACACAUAUCAUACUCUGUAUCCUACUGUGGAAUACUCUACUCACAUAUACAGUCAAUAUCACCACACGUAUCAUACUCUCUGUAUCCUACUGUGGAAUACUCUACUCACAUAUACAGUCAAUAUCACCACACGUAUCAUACUCUCUGUAUCCUACUGUGGAAUACUCUACUCUCAUAUACAGUCAAUAUCACCACACGUAUCAUACUCUCUGUAUCCUACUGUGGAAUACUCUACUCUCAUAUACAGUCAAUAUCACCACACGUAUCAUACUCUACUCAUAUAUACAGUCAAUAUCACCACACGUACGUAUCAUACUCUGUAUACUACAGCCUACUGUGGAAUAUACAGUCAUUGUGUGUUCUACCAACAAAAAUGACAACUAUUAAACUGAUGUGUUAAUCAGUGAUAAAACUUAAUUAUUUACAACUUUCAUUUCAUUCAUUAUUGAAAUCUUGAUUUUUUAUGACAUUUCUCUUUUGACAAGGAUUCAGAUGUAACAAGUUAAUUUACACACAGGCAAAGGUAAAAAUUUUAAAAACCUUUCAGACAUGUAGUCACCAAUAUUUACUUGCCCACUGACCAAAUUUACUGGUCCUGGGCCAUCGGACUUGGGAUUUUUUCCUGCCUAAUAUUUUUGGUCGGAUGGAGAUAUGUGUCAGUUAUCAUUAUACAAUUAAAUAUUUCUGAAGUGAAUAAAAAAAUAAGAUCUCUCAAAAUCAUCAAUUUUGAAAAUAAAACAAAAACAAAAAAUUGCCUAGAUCUUCACUCAAUCUGAUCAUCAGAACAAUCAUUUGUAUUACAGUUUGAACACAAAUUUCAAAUAACGAUACUUUUGUACUGUAGGAAAUGGUUCAUUCAAUCAAAAGGUUCAAUAUUAAAUUCAGAUUUUUUUUUUAACUUGAGUGAAGAGAAAAA